UUUCUUACUUUCCGCUCUCCGCUCUCAAUACUAAUCACCGACAACGACGACAACAGUGACAACGACACGAGCACAUCGUACACAACGACGAGCUCGCAUAUAACGACGCACAGAUGCCUUCCCCCCGACUUCCCGUCCUUCCCCUUCCCCAUCCUCUCAUUCUGCUCCCUACCGCACGCCUCACCAUUCCUAUAAACCGCACUCUCGCUGAUGCUAUUCUCGCCCUCAUCGAUGAUACCGACGCCGGACAGCCCAUUCUUGCCGCUGUCCCCAUUACUACGUCCUCUGCACUCCCCUCAGAUCCUGUUCUUCCGCAAUGUGGCACCGCUGCGCGUGUCGUGCGCCUCGUUAGACCUCGUACCCUCUCAUCCCCCGGUUCACCUCGCCAACCGUAUCUACUUUCUCUUCACGGUCUUACACGCAUUCGUCUUGCCUCGCCCAUCGAGCUCGACGUAAACUCCCUCGAUUCGUUCCCAGACCAUGCGGUCGAGUACCCCUCAGCCGAUGGAAUGCCAUCAAGGGAGACUGUCGAGGCUUUCAAGGGUGCUGCGCUUAGACUCCUAGACAGACUGGCGAAAGAUUCGGUGCAGCCCCAGAGGAAAGACGACUGGCUCAAAGUCGCUAAUAUGGUCGAAGAUAUAUCUGAUCAGAGGGCCGCGUGGAUGGCAGAUGUUCUGGUAGCGGCUGUCAACGGACAGUACACUUUUCUUGCUGCUACUGACGUAGAAGACCGACUGCGUCGUGCGACAGAACUAUUCGUGAAGCAAACUUCAAUAUCCGAAGUAUCGAAGAAAAUUGCUUCCGCAGUGGACGAAUCCCUCUCAAGGCAACAGAAAGAAUACUUCUUGCGCCAGCAACUUGCUGCCAUCCAGCGCGAAUUACACACCCUCGUUUCGUCGUCAGGCGCGCAAAGUGGACCACCGUCUGAACUGGACGACGACGAGCAGCAUGAUGCAGACGAUAUGGCUGACCUUAAGCGCAAAAUUGAAGCAAUGGAGCCAGGUUCGGAGGAAAGAAAAGUCGGUGUAAGGGAAUGGCGGAGGCUAAAGCGUAUCCCGCAAGGCAGUGUAGAGAACGGCGUUAUAAGAACUUAUUUGGAAUGGCUAACCUCUAUACCUUGGCCAUCGAGUUCUGCUCAACCUUCAACAGGUUUCGAGAUUCUCAAAGAUCCUGGCUUCUUGAAUAAAGCUCGGCAACAAUUGGAUGCAGACCACUACGGGCUAGACCAAAUUAAACGGCGGUUAAUUGAAUAUCUUGCAGUAGUGAGACUAAAGCACAUGAGUAUAGCAGCAGAAAUGGAGAGGGAGCAGCUUCGGGACGUGCAGAUCCGAGAAAGGCGGCAGGAAGGUGGGGAUGGGAAAGCUUCCGGCGAUGUUGUACCAGAGAAGAGCGUUGCCCUCGUGCCCGCGAUAACUGUGCAGGGGCACGUGCCAACGCCCAUGCCCAUACCAGCCAAACCCCGACCUGCCGUGAAGAGUGUUAAAGGGCCUAUACUUUUAUUCGUUGGGCCCCCUGGGACGGGCAAAACGUCUUUGGGUCAAUCAAUUGCAAAAGCCUUGAACCGACCCUUCCAGCGCAUAUCUCUCGGUGGUGUUCGCGACGAGGCCGAAAUUCGUGGACACAGGCGGACAUACGUGGCCAGUGGCCCGGGAAUGAUUGUUUCAGCGCUGAGGAAAGCGGGAAGACCAGACAUGGUCAUGUUGCUCGAUGAAAUCGACAAAGUUGGACACAAUAAUUUCCACGGGGAUCCUGCUGCCGCUUUGCUUGAAGUCCUGGAUCCAGAGCAAAACCAUACAUUCAAUGAUCAUUAUCUCAACGUCCCAAUAGACCUGAGCCAGGUUUUAUUUAUCUGCACAUCCAAUACUUUGGAGACAAUAUCUGCACCAUUAUUAGAUCGUUGCGAGGUCGUGGAAUUAUCUGGUUACACCUAUGAUGAGAAGAUGCACAUUGCGCGUCGAUUCCUUCUCCCGAAGCAACUACAAGCCAAUGGUCUUUCUACCUCCCACCUAAAGCUGACCGAGUCUGCACUAUUGCACAUCGCCACACAAUACACGCGUGAAGCAGGUGUGCGGAGUCUCGAGCGUGCCAUCGGUGCCGUCGUGAGAUUCAAGGCGGUUGAGUGGGCGGAACACCUCGACGCUUUGGCUGAGGAAGAGGCUUCGACUAACCAAGAAAAAGCAGUCGUGGGGAAGACGUGGCGAGGGAUUGUGGAAGAACACGAACUCGAGAAAAUCCUCGGGAUCUCUCGUUGGGAUGGAGAAGAAAGGGAGCGGGAAGAAAAGCGCGGAGUGGUGUAUGGUCUUGUCGUCACCGGCAUGGGCGAGGGUGGCAUACUUCCCGUGGAGAGCACAGCAGUACCCGGAGCUGGCCGACUGAAGUUGACUGGGAGCUUGGGAGACGUGAUCAAGGAGAGCGGAGAGAUUGCGUUGAGCUGGGUGAAAACGCAUGCAUUUGAGCUGGGAAUCACCACGAGUAGGGGCCAGGAUCCGCUAAAGGUUCCUGAGCCAAUCGAUAUACAUCUGCAUCUACCAGCUGGUGCACAGAAGAAGGAUGGACCGAGUGCCGGGAUUGCAAUGACGUGUGCCUUUGUUUCGUUGCUCACGGGGGCCUGCGUUCAGAAAGAUGUUGCGAUGACUGGCGAGAUCACUCUCCGCGGUCGAGUCACACCUGUGGGCGGAAUCCGCAUGAAGGUCCUCGGCGCGCACCGCGCUCAAAUACGCAAGGUCAUCCUCCCUUGGGCAAACCGCAAGGAUGUCGAACACGAUGUCGCACCCGAGAUCCGGAGCGAGAUGCAGUUCGUCUUUGUCAGAACCGUCAACGAGGCACUCGAAGCAGCCUUUGGACAAGGCACACUGGGCUGGAGACGGAACUCGUUAUUACUGGAGAGUAGACUAUGAUAUGUUUCCCCUUUGUGAACUUAAGUUAUUGUCGUGGAUUACUCAGUGUAUAUACAAGCGCAUUAUUUUAUAGUGUUGUG